CAGCUACUUACAGCCCCUCGUCUUGUUCAAACUUGCAGAUAGAAACGGUGAGUCAGAACAACUGGUGUACAGUAGGUCCUGCAAAAUUCCUCCAAAAACGCCUGCAUACCUGCCCGCAGAUUAGUCACCCUGACCCGGCCGUAAAUAUAAUCAGUUUUCAGCACUCAGCACUCAGUCACAGCGCAGAAGAAGCCAGCGUAACCCAUUUCUCCACAAAGAGGGAACAGUUAACAUGGAAUGGACAGUUUAAUCACAUCCAAGAUUGUGAACGCAGAGGGGGGAUCAGGGGUUUCAGGGAAAGUUACAGAGACAGUGACCACAACAAGAUUAACAUCCCUUCCACCAAAGGGCAACAGUGGUUCGGCGAGCACGCAGCGGGUCGUGACUUCUAGUUCUAGUUCGAGCUCCGCUUCUGCUUCUGGAUCUUCUUCUGGAGGAGCAGUGCUGGUGGAGAAGAGGAUCAUCACACAGAGCAGUGGAGGAGGAGGCAGCAGCAGCAGCAGCAGCACUAGUUAUGUCAUAUCCUCAUCUUCAGUAGGAGGCUCAAGUGGUGGUUCUGUCCGAGUCAUCAGUGGUGGAGCUGGUAGCAACUCAUCUGGGACCUCGUCUGGUACGUCCCUGUCCGUCUCAGGUGGAGCUACUGGAAGUUCUGGAGCCUCAGCUGGAGGUUCUAGCAGCAUCUCGGUUGUCACAGUUGGAGGUUCCUCAGGAGGAGGUUCCUCGGGCGCCUUUGAGACCCGCUCCUCCUCCUCUUCUUCUCGGUUGGUGACCGGCUCUUCUGCGGAGCUGGCCGGCAUGUCCGGCGGUUCCCUUACCAUGUCCUCCUCAUCGGCCAUGUCAGGGGGAGGCGGCUCUCUGACAGUGACCAAGUUCAGCUCCUCUUCCUCAGGCAGUGCGAUGAAGAGCGGUUCCUCAUCCAUUACCUACUCACCAAUCCCAGCAGAGAGGAAGAGUAGCCUGACCAUGCGCUCUGCGGUAUACGAGGGAAGCUCCAGUGCCAAUUCUUCCCCUGAAUACACCAGGAAGGAGUACACAGCUGCAAGUUCGGCCACCAGGGGGCGCAGCCAGACCAGAGAGAGUGAGAUCAGAGCCAGACUGCAGAGCGCCUCACCCUCCACCAGAUGGACUGAACUGGAUGAUGUGAAGAAGCUGUUGAAAGGCAGUCGUUCCAGCAGCAGCAGUCCUCCUCGCUCUCCCACCAACACUCUACCCAUUCCCAAGAAGGCCAGCGUAGAAACACGCACUGAGAGCCACUCAGGUUAUGACAGCACUAUUCUGGAUUCUGCGUACAGUGGAUAUGGAUACCACACCAACCCCAACAACCUCAGCCCAAACGCCACCCUACAGCACAGUGUGGGUCUGCAGAACAACCUGGCGCUGAGCUCUUCUGCCAUGAGUGGUGGUCUUUCUGCUGGCGGCGCAGUGUAUGGAAUGCAGAAUAACUUAGCCACCAGUGGUGGUGUGGCCCUCACUGCAAAUGGAAUCGGUGCUGGUCCAGUGUACGGGGUGCAAAAGAACAUUGUGGCCCCCGGAAUAACAGCCACAACUGUUGCUGCCCCCAGCAGUCCUGUCACCACAGAUGAUGUGUUUGUUAAAGACUACAAGUUCAUGCUGCUGGAGAAAGAGAACGCUCCAGCGAAGAAGGAGAGCGAGAGGCUGAUAAUGUCUAAAAACACAGGCAAACAGUUCACCUCAAUCACCUCCUCCAGCGGACCGACCUCAUUUUCAGAGGACUCACUGAAGCGGGAAAAGAAGAUGGUCUCCAGUACUGUUGAAACAACCACAGUGGCGAAUGGUGCUAAAGCUUCAACGAAGGACAAGGCCACAUACGCAGAGAUUCGUAAAGAGGAAUCUGGGGCAACUAAACUAGGAUUCUGUUCCUGCUGUACGUGGUGGAUGUGGCUGCUGGGAUUAUUGCUGGGGCUGCUGUUUAUGCUGGGCCUUCUCUUUGGACUCAUCGCUCUGGCUGAGGAAGUGAAGGCCCUGAAGGCUCGUGUAGAUGCUCUGGAAGGGGGAAAGGAGAGCUCGGCCUCGGCUCGCACCAGCCGUUUAUCGUCUUCUGUGAACAUCGUGGAUCCUCUGGACUCCUCAUACACCUCAGUAACACGCUCGGAAAACACUAUAAACCUGAGCUCCGACCCGGCACAGCCUGACCCUGCAGCUCUUCACAGGACAAUAAAACAGCUCGUCCAGUCUGAACUCCAGUCUGAGAGCGUCAGAGCUACACUUGCGACCUCACUGAGAGGAGAGAGAGGAGAGCCUGGACCCAAAGGUGACCCAGGAGCUCCUGGGGUUAAAGGUGAUGCAGGAUUUCCUGGAGUGCCAGGUCCUCCUGGUCCACCUGGCCACGCGGGACAAGAAGGCCCAAGAGGACCUAAAGGAAGUGCUGGUGAGCCAGGCCAUGAUGGUCCACCUGGACAGAGGGGCCGUGAGGGGCCAACAGGACCCAGAGGAGAGCCAGGCCCUCCAGGAGUCGGAGAGAAAGGAGACAAAGGAUCAGCGGGAGAUCCUGGAGCACCUGGACCUGCUGGACCACCCGGACCUAUGGGACCCAGAGGUGAGGUGGGCGCUCCAGGUAGUGCAGGACUUCCAGGGGCUCCUGGUCCUCAAGGUUUCCGUGGAGACGCUGGAGACCCUGGACCAAAGGGAGAGAGAGGACCUGCAGGGCCUCCUGGAGCUAAAGGUGAUCAAGGAGAAAAAGGACCUCGUGGUGCCACUGGAGAGCCAGGACAGCCAGGACCUGCAGGUCCACCUGGAGAGAAAGGACCUAAAGGAUCAGCAGGUCCCCCUGGGCCAGAUGGUGAAAAAGGCACUCGAGGUGACCAAGGACCAGUUGGGCUGCCAGGUCCACGUGGACCACCUGGAGCUCCAGGAGAUGCAGGAACACCAGGAUCUCCAGGGCUGCAAGGACCACCAGGUUUGCCAGGGACACCGGGUCAGCCUGGAGCUAAGGGUGAGCCAGGUGAACCCGGAAGAGUUAUCUCAGCAGGCCCAGCCUCCAGCACUGUGGCCAUUCCUGGACCUCCUGGACCUGCUGGACCUCCAGGCCCUGCUGGCCCACCUGGACUGUCAGGUCCUAUUGGUCCUGCUGGUCUUCCUGGACCACCAGGGCCAAAGGGUGAUAGAGGUGACAAGGGAGAUGAUGGAGAGCCUGGCAUCUCUGUGAAAACUGUUGAAACAAUCAAGACUGAAAAGCCACCUGUUGCUGGUCCCCCUGGUCCUCCUGGCCCACCUGGACCCCCUGGACCACCCGGAGAGGCAGGAAAGCCUGGUGAAGGGAAACAAGGCCCACCAGGACCACCUGGAGAGCCAGGUGUUGGUCAGCCUGGUCCACCUGGUGAGAAAGGUGAACCUGGAAGCUUUGUGCCCAACUCAGAAACCUUCUUUGCAGGACCACCUGGACCCCCUGGACCUCCUGGACCUCAAGGAUUCCCAGGAGAACCAGGGCAUCCUGGAUUACCAGGAGAACCUGGUCUUGGUGUCCCAGGACCAGUAGGACCACCAGGACCACAAGGACCUCUUGGACCACCAGGACCUGAAGGGCCACAGGGUCCAAAAGGUGAUGCUGGUGUCCCAGGAGCCCCCGGCAUCCCAGGAUACUCUUAUGGUGGAGGCAGAAGCGCCCCUGGACCACCAGGUCCACCUGGGCCUCCAGGACCUCCAGGACCUCCCGGUGACGGUUCCAGCGGGCCAGAUGUUUCUCAGCAGCUUUCUGACCUCCUCAGAAGUGAUGGUAUUAGAGAAUACCUGGCUGGUCCUCCUGGACCCCCUGGACCACCUGGAAGUGUCUCUGAUGCUGACUUGGCUGACCGUGUUAUCAACUACCUCCAAAGGGAGGAGGUGAGACGAUAUCUUGUUGGGCCUCCAGGACCACCUGGAGCUCCAGGUAUACCUGGAGGUUAUGGGUUUAACACUCAGGAAGUGGCUGGAAGAGUCCUCAAUCUGAUGAAUGAGCAGGGUAUUCUUAGGCAAACUGGACCCCCAGGCCCACCUGGCCCACCAGGACUUCCUGGACCUUCUUAUGGCGAUCUCUCUCUUCUUCUACAAAACUCAGAGUAUAGAGGUCUCAUUGGACCACCAGGGCCCCCAGGCCCUCCUGGCUCCCCUGGCUUCCCAGGACCUCCUGGACCCCCAGGGCCAGUUCCUUACACUGGCUCAUUUGGUCUUGAAGACAUUCAGAGAUACAUGGAGAAUGCUGGUUUUAGAGGACCACCUGGACCUCCUGGACCUCCCGGGCCUCAGGGUCCUCCAGGCAUUACAAGAGGGCUGGUGUCAUACGCUGAAAACGCACAACAAGAACCUCUCCGUGCUGAACUGCAGGAGUACCUUAAGAGUGAGCCUUUGGACUACCCUGGUAUUGCAGCAGAAGUGGUGAACUACAUCAAAUCUCAUGGUUUGUUGCUGCGGGAUGUGGCUGAUGAAAGUGCUCAACGGUCUCUUCCUCAAGUUAUUCAAGGACCACCUGGACCUCCAGGACCACCUGGACCUCCUGGAGUCCAUGCAUUCAGACCCUAUAGCAACAUGACUGAAAUCAUAAACUUUAUUAGAGACCAUGGCAUUGUUGGACCACCAGGCCGACCUGGACCAAAGGGAGAGAUGGGAUAUCCUGGUCCCAAAGGGCCCAGAGGUCCUAGAGGAGAGCAAGGCAUUCCUGGCCUACCAGGACUCCCUGGCAAUGAUGGACCUCAAGGACAAAAAGGAGAAAAAGGCGAUGCUGCUUAUAUGAGUCUUAGAAGAAAGAGAAGAAGCAAAGGUGUUCAGACUGAGAAAUGAAAUGGAUGAAGAGACGGAUUGAUGUUGUAGCUGGCAACACAAACUACUUUUACCUUUUUUUGGGGAAGAGAAAACUCCAUAAAUGUACUGUAUUUACCAAAAUAGAAAUCUAACCACAAAUUAUUGUGCAAACUCCUUAAUGUGAACAGUAAUGAUAAUCCAUUUACAGUCUGUAUGUCUGAAGAUAUCAAACUAUGUAAGAUUCUGACACAAGCCAAUCAAAAAAUAAUGUAUGUAAAAAUUAGUCAAAGUUAGAUUUUUAAUUCAGGAUCGAGUGCUAAGUUUUACAGUGAAUGUAUAAUCAGGAGAUCAAUUCUUAUUCAUAUAUUCUUGUACACUGUCAAGAAUUUGAGGAAAAUUAAAAGCAUUGAGCAUUUUGGCUGAAUAUUGACAAGUUUCAUUUCACACUUGUAGUGCCAUUUUCUUGUUCAGUGUCCCGCUUCAGUAAACUAUUGUUACCUGAAAUACGAGGUUUCCUUGCAUGUUCGCCGUUUGGGAUUUAGUGUGUAUGGUGAUAUUAACUUUGUCAAACUAUGUACUUUCUUUUUUAGUAUUUUGAUAUUUUUUUUAAAUCAGUGUACUAACUGUGAUCAUGCUAAUGAGAGUGGAAAAAUCUAUUUCAUGCCUCAUUGAGGGCAUUAUUAAAACAAUCUUUUAACCAUUAAUGCUUUUUAUGUCAGCACUGUGUAGAUCCACUGUCAAAAUGAUUUUCUAUAUUAAAUGGAAAAAUAAAAUCUUUUUUUUCUUAUA